AUGGAGAAAGCGUUUAGUUUCAUAAAAGAUAACGGACUCUCCACCGAAGACGAUUAUCCCUACGAAGGAUUACAGGGUACCUGUGAUGAGGAUAAAUUGAAAAGACGUGCUGUGAACAUAAGUGGCUAUGAAAGAAUACCUGUCAAUAACGAGAAAAGCCUACAAGCCGCAGUUGCUCGCCAACCUGUCUCUGUUGCAAUCGAUGCUGGCAGUUAUGGUUUUCAACUCUAUUCUUCAGGUAUCUUCACUGGUUAUUGCGGAAAGAAUCUCAACCAUGGAGUCACCGCAGUGGGGUAUGGAGAAGAUAGUGGUAAAAAGUACUGGAUUGUGAAGAAUUCCUGGGGUCUUGACUGGGGUGAAUCUGGUUAUGUAAGAAUAACACGCAACUCGGCUGAUAAGGAAGGUACUUGCGGCAUUGCCAUGCAGGCUAGCUACCCUGUUCAGGCUUGAGCAGUAUGAUAAAUUAACCUUCUUCUAUAUAGUAACAAGGUAAAAUAUGCAACCAUGGAAUUCCAAAUAGUACAAAGAAAACAAGGAAAAUAAUUCAAACAUAAUGGGUAUUAACUGAGAUUAUGUAGUUUAUCAAAUAACAUGGGCAUAUCUUAUUAGCAUUUCAUCAUUAAUUCAUGUUACAAUUGUUAUUCUGAGAAAUGCUGAGUUUUCUAUACAGACGCAAAUAAAUGUUUAGUUUAGUUCACAGCGGUUUAGAGUUUGAAAAGAACGUGGUUAAGAAAGAAACAGGGAAACCAAACUAUAAGUUAUCAAUCAUAUUCCAAAAGGAGAAGACGAAUUUCGUUUCUGGGAAAGAGAAAUAACAUCACAAAGAGGAUUCUCGUUCGAUCCUAAACCCAUUCAUCA